UCGAAGCUUAACAAGAAGAGUUAAAGCUUGCCCGCCGACUGGCGACUUACAUCAGAAGACGUAUUUUUUAGGCAAUUGAGGACCCACGAACAAACUAGUUGAUGCCCGACUUGCGUACAGAUUGGUACCCUUGUCUGUUUUAUUCGUCUACUUUUUAUUCGACUCUUCAUCAAGUCAAAAAAAUCUUCACUUCUCGUCGACCAGGAAAUCUUAUAAUUUCAAUUCGGGAUAUGAAACAACAUUGCGUUGACAUCAGACAUUAUUUUGAGCCAUCUGCACAUUUUUGUCCGGGACACGACUAAACAUUGACUUCGGCGACAAAUAACUGCGUUGUCAUCAGUAUCUCUAUUAAAAGAAAAUCCGAGCAAGCCCUAAUGGAACCUACGGACAUUAAUAUGAACGGAAAAACAAACUUCUCAGUGAAAGACAUACUUGAGCUUCCGAUAACUCCAGACGUGGGCAAAGAUCACGGCCAGGCUCUUGGCCUAGGCCUACCUAACGAAGCACCAUCGAUACCUAACGGACUUACGGCGAACAGGGGCCAACACAGAGAGACGACGGUUGGUGGUGGUCAGAACAGGGAAAUGAAUACCUACUACGACAAUACAGAUAACCCGUACACAAGGUGGCUGCAAACACACGGCUCUGAACCUAUUCAAUAUUCUACAAUUGGACAGACAUCGGUAAAUUCGACAACACAGAUCGAGACAUCGGACGCCGAAUCAGACUGCAGCGAUAACUGUUCCUCUCCAGUUUCUCCAAACGGCACAGCAGUAGAUUCAAACCAAAACCAAACAAGUGACUCUCAAAAGAAACGCAAACGACGAGUACUUUUCUCAAAAGCUCAGACUUACGAACUUGAGAGGCGAUUCCGUCAACAGCGAUACUUGUCAGCGCCCGAACGCGAACAUCUAGCCAGUAUCAUCAGGUUGACUCCGACACAAGUUAAAAUCUGGUUUCAAAACCACCGGUAUAAGUUGAAACGAUCCCGACAAGAAAAAGGCCUAGAUAUGAACCCAUUACCGUCACCGCGCAGAGUGGCCGUCCCUGUAUUGGUUCGAGACGGAAAACCAUGCACAAGCGCUGGUUUAGGCAGUAUGAGUAGUUGUCAGUUAAAGGCGCAGGAAAUGCACACGGUGUCUGCUCCUCCACCACCGCUAUCGCAUAUCCAACACUAUCCAACUUAUUCCACUCCGUACAGCUCUUUCCCAAGUAACUUCAAUACUUCAAACUUUAGCAAUCCUAGUUCUUUCAACGGUUCUUUUAACAGUGCAUGUUCGUUUGCUACGGCGGCUAACACCCAACAUUGGUCAUGGUGAGACUUUGCGUCUGUUACGUAGCGUUUUAAGUUGUAACCUCAGGUCAAAAUAUUUGUGACAAAAAUAUUCGUAGCAAAUAUUAGAUGAUGGGAACUGCAAUAUAUGUGAUAUAUACAUAGAAAUUCAAGGGAAUGAUAUGAAACUGUAUUUACUGAAUAAUGGAUAUAAACACCAUUAUUGUUUUUAGUGAAAUAAAUUAUAUAUUGUUCAAACCUUGUAUGGGGCUACAAGUUGUUUGAUGAGGCAUACUAGGUAUUGUAUCAAUACUGUACACGUAAUUAACUUAUACAGGUAACUGAUAUAGACACAGUUUUCACGUGGAAAUACGCUACAAGACUGGCAUGAAUAGGCCAAUGUUGUGUCGCAAAGCCACAUGAAAGACGAAAAAGCUCUUGUAUGCUUAUUUAGUGCCGAGGAGGUUACACCAGUCUGAUAGCGCGGUAUCAUGCCGGUGCAUGUUAACGCAGUGCACGUAUUCUUAGGGAGUAGGCCUACAGAACGUUAAAGUUGGCGAUCGCUGAAGAUGAAACCAACACCUAGGCCUAUAGUUUAUUCUAGAUUAUGAGAAAUACAUCAACGAUAUUUAUGUUUAUGGUUUUAUAAGUUAAAUAAAACUUAUGAUCUUACUAUUCUAUCUCUUUGCAAAUAUUUUUAAGCUUCAAUUUUAUCUCUAUUUGAUUUCUCCAAGGAACAGUUAUUCACUUUCCCUGGACAAAUAAAUAGGUUUCAUAAUAACAAUGGUUGAAUUCGAACUUAGAAUAAGGUAAAUUGUGUUAAAUCUAUUGUACGUUUAAAGAAGUAAAUACUAUUUCAUUCUUUUGUGAGUUUUAAACAUGACUAUUAAACAAAUUUUGAACUAAUUUGAAUAAAUUAAAAAUGGUAAAGUAAGGCUCGCGGAAAAAAAAAUGUUUAAUAUGUUGUACAACUGACUUUUCUAAGACACAAAAAACGUAUUUGACGAAAAGCUCGGGAACGGUUAAUGAGAUUCAGAUUUUUGAAUAUUUAAAAACUGGGGGAAAAGGUGAAAAAAGGGAUGGCUACCCCCUAUCUCACCAACCGUUCCAAAGUUUUCCGUCAAAUAUUCAAUUUGUGUCUUAAAAAUCAAUUUUACAACACAUCAACAUUUUUUUUUCCUCCGGAGCAUGACUUUAAUGUUUUUAUACAUAAUUAUUGAAUGUGCAAUUUUGGACUCAAUUGGAAAAGGCUGGUCUCCGGCUUAAUGGGUUGUUCCUGAUCCUCAUUAAUGUUUACUUUUUUGUUCACAAAUCAUUUUUUAAUCUUGCAUGCGCACGCUGAGCAUCGAAUAAAUUCAACCAAUCAAUCAAAUUAUGAGUGCAUGAAAUUCUGUGAAAUUAAGAAUUAAUAGAAUAAUUGACCAAAGACCUGUGUAUUAUCAAUAAUCAUCUUUUUAAAUGUAAAUUUUAAUUAAUAUGCCAUCUAAUUAUUUGUUUUUAUCAGUAAUGAGUAGGGCCCAAUUAUUUUUAAUGUAUUACACACUAUUUUGGACAGUAUAUCAUUUAAAGUCUGCAAAUAAAAAGAAGUGAACAUUGAUGGUACAUUCUGCUUUGUAAAGCUCAGAAACCAAAGUUCGGUAAAACUGUGAGACUAAUAAAAAGUUUUAAAUUAUAAUGACUUACAAAAAAAAAGUCUAGUUGGUAUUUGGAAAGCAGGUUUUUUGUGUAGCCCUACAUCGUUUCUUUACCAGUUUAAUUUGACGUUUUCUAGCGAUUAUCGAACGUGAAUGUAGGCUUAGAGAACGAUAUCGAACGUUUAAUAAAAGAACCAUAUAUACUGGCCAACCUUUAUUGUUCUACUAACACAUUGUUAAUUGCUUUCGAUGGAUUUCUUUUUGAAUACUAGCAAUCUACUUAUAGUAGGCCUAGGCCACAUCAGAUUAUAAUAGGCCUACGUUUGACUUGGUAGCACACGUAGGCGUGCAAUAACUUUGUGAGAAAUAUAAUGGUUUUAAUGAAACAGUUUUUACUCCACCAAAACUCCACCUGCUAAUGAAGGCGAUUAGUGCUAUAAUAUCCUACAUCUAUCGUGUUUGUGGUAGAGUUAUAUCUCCUAAAUCUCAAUGGUUGAAACUCCUGCGACAAAAAGUAGCGAAGCCUACCAAUUAGUAAUUUAAGUUUGUGGGUUUGAGAAAACUAAGAAAUGAACUUUAAAUUUGUGCUUCCUCCAAAAUUGCCAUUGUGAGUAGGCAUAACGUUCCUUUUGUUGGCAAUUUAUUAUCGCCUUUCGAUAAUAAAUAAUGUACUUCCUACUAUCUCGUUAGGCAUAAAAUUGAUCAUCAAAGAAGAACUAUUCUUGAAAGUUUUGAUGAAUAAUGGAAUCAUUGUGUAUAUUAAAUUAAAAUGAUUCACGUAUGUUUGCAUUGUACUCUGUAUAUAUAUAUAUAUAUAUAUAUAUAUAUAUAUAUAUAAUCAUAUAUAUAUAUAAAUGUAAAUUAGAAGGGUUUUGUAAUUUUUGAAAAUUGCCUAAAAAUAAUUGAACAUACUGUAGAUAUUCGUAUAAUGCUCACAGGACCAACUGACCAGAUAAAUAAUAUGUGAACAAGUUCUCGCCUCGUCUGUUGGGUGGAUGGGUUAAGGUGUUUUUUUUUUAUGUUGAGUCGUUUACUCAGCAACGGUUAUUUAUCAAUAUUUUUUUCGCUAUCGAACAAUAAAAUUAACACUUAAAUUGAAA